ACGUUUCCAAAGAGAAAAGGCGGUAAUUAAGCUUUCCCAAACGACAAACGAGGCAUUUGCCGUCCCGCACGUCCGGGAGUUUCGACAGAGGAGUCAGGAGGAGGAGGAGAGAGACCCUCUGCAUCGUUUUAUACUGCAUCAGCCAUCUUCAACGAUCUCUUUUUCAGUAGCUCUCAUGGCUUUCUCUAGCACAUGUUACAACACUGACGGCGUCUAUCGCUCACCACGCCCGCCAGUAUCCUUCCCCACAAAUCCAUCCCUUUCCAUGACCACCUUCCUGUUCCGGAACGCUGCAUCUUAUCCUGAACGCCUCGCCAUCGCCGACGCCGACUCCGGAGAAACCCUGACCUUCGCCCAGCUCCGCUCCACCGUCUUUUCUGCCGCCGCUGGACUCCAACGCAUCGGCAUCUCAAAAGGCUCAGUGAUACUCAUCUUCGCUCCCAACUCCAUCCACUUCGCCGUCACUUUCUUCGCUGUCGUCGCAUCUGGCGCCAUCGCCACCACGGUAAAUCCUCUCUACACCGUCUCCGAGCUCACCAAACAAGCCAAAGACUCCGGCGCCAAGUUCGUCUUCACCGUCCCCCAGCUCUGGGACAAGGUCAAAUCUCUUCAUCUCCCCACCAUCUUCUUCGGCACGAAACUUCCCUCCGAAAUCGCCACAUCUGAUGCGCCAAUCCACUAUUUCUCCGAUCUUAUAUCUGUUCCAGAGACGGAGUUCUUUGAGCCGGAGAUCAGGCAAUCGGACAUCGCCGGGUUGCUCUACUCGUCCGGCACGACGGGGGCAAACAAAGGGGUUGUGCUGACUCAUCGGAACUUCAUUUGCACCUCUGUGAUGGCUUCCGGCGAUCAGGAUCUGUUGGGCGAGCCACCUAACACUUUUCUUUGCUUCCUUCCCUUGUUCCAUAUAUUUGGGUUGUCGGUGAUUACUUAUUCGCAGUUGCAGAGAGGGAAUAGCUUAGUAUUGAUGGCGAGGUUCGAGAUGGAGGCAAUGCUGAGAUCAAUCGAGAAGUAUAGGGUGACCUAUACUUUCGUUGUCCCGCCAGUUAUGAUUGCCUUAGCGAAGCAGGCCAAAGCAGCUAAGUACGAUUUGAGCUCGUUGAAGCUUAUUGGCUCAGGAGCGGCGCCUUUGGGAAAGGAUGUGAUGGAGGAGGUGGCUAAGAGCUUUCCAACUGUGCAGCUUGUUCAGGGAUAUGGCUUGACCGAAUCAUGCGGAAUUAUUUCAUUAGAGUACCCUCAAGGAAAGGAUCGCGUUUAUGGUUCAACUGGAUUUCUUACGGUGGGAAUUGACGGCAAAGUUAUUUGCGUCGACACUCAAAAGCCUCUUCCUCCCAACCAGCAAGGAGAGUUAUGCUUUCGUGGACCUAAUAUAAUGCAAGGCUAUUUUAAUAAUCCAGAGGCUACUAAAUUAACUUUGGACAGUGAAGGGUGGUUGCACACAGGCGAUCUUGGAUAUUUUGAUGAAAAGGGUCAGCUUUUUGUUGUUGAUCGCAUUAAAGAGCUGAUCAAAUAUAAAGGAUUUCAGGUUGCACCUGCUGAACUUGAGGGGCUGCUGCUAUCUCAUCCGGAUAUAAUAGAUGCUGUUGUCAUUCCAUUUCCUGAUGUUGAAGCUGGUGAGGUUCCUAUCGCCUAUGUUGUUCGCACUGCAAACAGCUCACUGACAGAAGCGGAAGUACAAAAAUUUAUUGCUAAUCAGGUACUUCGAACUGAACUUUAACGUUCUAGAAAUUUU